CACACACACACACACACACACACACACACACACACACACACACACACACACACACACUCUUUCUGUUUUAUCAUCAGACAAGUCCUGUUUCAGAGUGGACUAGCGACAGAAGGAUGCGCCAUGAAGUCUCAGCAGAAGUGCAUUGUGAUCUUUGCUUUGGUCUGCUGCUUCGCCGUGCUGGUGGCACUGAUGUUCUCAGCGGUGGACUUUUGGGGUGACGAUGAAGACGGGAUCACAGAGGAGAACUGUAGCAGGAACUGCAGAGUGGUGCUUGUGGAGAACAUCCCGGAAGACAUCUCUUUCUUAGAAAAUGGUACAUCCCACCUCCCCCUCUCAGAGGGGCUGUACAGCUUACUGGACCGAGCCAUCCGAGCCGUAGAGAUCGUUUCCCCGCUGUGGCUCCUCAACUCCUCCGAUUAUGAAUCCAGCUUCCAGCCUGCUGCCAGACAGGGCAGGGCUCUGCUCUCCAAGCUGCAGGGCCUGAAAGCUCGAGGCAUCCAGCUGAAGAUCUCCAGCGGGAUGAUCGACUCCUCUGAGCUCGGGAUGCUCGCCAACCACUAUGCUGAAGUCCACUAUGUGAACACGACCGCGCUGAUCAGAGGCAGCAUCCUCUCUUCCUUCUGGGUGGUGGACAGGAAGCAUUUCUACAUCGGCAGCUCCAGCAUGGACUGGAGAUCCCUUGCCACAAGGAAGGAGCUGGGGGUGUUGGUGUACGACUGCAGCUGUCUGGCUCUGGACCUCCACCGAGUGUUCAACCUCUACUGGGGGCUCCAGUACAGAGACUUCAUCCCCUCCUUCUGGUCCAAGCGCCUCUUUGCCCUUUUCAACAGGGACGAACCGCUGGAGCUCACUCUGAACAAUACAAAGGCUCAAGCCUACGUCUCGAGCUCCCCAGAUGUUUUCAUCCCCAAACAUCGUAGCAAUGAUCUUGAAGCCAUUUCAAGGGUCAUCCAGGAGGCCCGCCAAUUCAUAUAUAUCUCCAUCAUAGAUUACCUGCCCCUCCUGAGCCGCAACACUCAAAGUUACUGGUCUCGUAUCGACGCUCUUAUCCGGGAGGCUCUGAUCCUGAGGAAGGUCCGGGUUCGUCUGCUGAUAAGUUGCUGGGAAAAGACUCAACCACUUAGCUUUAACUUCCUCUGGUCCUUGAGGAGUCUGUGCAUGGAUCAGGCCAACUGCUCAAUGGAAGUUAAGUUCUUCAACCCCAGAGUGCAGAGCGAUGGCAGUCUCCAGGGAAUAAACCACAACAGGUUUAUGGUGACAGAUAGAGCCAUUUAUUUAGGUAACCUGGACUGGUUGGGGAAUGAGUUUACCUUUAACACUGGAGUAGGCUUGGUGAUCAGUCAGCCAGAGGGCAUCGAGGAGAGGAACUCUACAGUGGUGGAGCAGCUACGGGCUGCAUUCGAGAGGGACUGGUUUUCUCGUUACACCCACUCACUGCAGGCCAACAAGACGAACAUCUGCAGCAAACAGCAGAUCAACAGGCUUGUGCAGGACAAACUUGGCCACCUGGACAAUGCACCAAUGCCUAUCAGCGUAGACCUGCAUGAUAACAGACCUGCACCAAUUAGACACAAACACCAAGAUGAUGGACAGGCCCAUGUUAAAACAAAGCACCAUGACGACAGACUUAGCAAAAUUGCUCUGCAAGGCAAGGCCGAUGGGCUGGAGCCAAUUAUAGACAGUUACCAAGAGAGGGGACAAGUCAAAAUGAGCCAUGACCUUGACAGCAGACAGGUUCAAAUCAAAGGUAAUCACCGAGACAAUCCAAUGGAUCCGCCCACUCAGUCAGCUGAGAGCAGCGGCAGCAGAGAGAUCUUAAACGGGUCGCUGUGACCGAGGAGCUUAAUGAGAACUACUCUCUUCCAGGUACAAUGGACUGGAUCUUUGUAGCAAUUUGUUGUUGCCAUUUUGAAAAACGUUGAAGAUAUUUAAGUGAUAUUUGGUUUGAAGGACUUGAUCAAGAACUCAGGAAGGGAAGUAUACUCUGAUGCAAUCUGGCACUUUUGAGAGAUUUUUUAAGAAUGAAACCAAAACAUUUUGGUUGAGAAGAAACACUGGAUAAUACAGAUAUACAAACAUACAGCUUUGCUUCUUAUUUAAUCUUUCUCCUCUCCUUGUUGAGAUCUCUCAAGCCAAGGAAACAGAUUGAAUCUUUCUGAUUGCCUAAUUAUUAUAUGUCACUUUAGAUGUUUGUGGCAGUCAUUAUUUAUCACCCUUUAAAAGGGGAAAAGACGCCUGCAUGAAUAUGCAGAGAUUGGAAGCAGUGUAGCUACAAUAGCUACAUUUAGCAUUUAGGAACACUCCAAAGCCAUGGAAGAUUUAUACACACCUUCACAUGUUGUGUAUCUAUUAUCACCUCUUAAUUCUGUUUGUGUAGCUCCAGCAGUAUUCUGAAUAAGUUGCUGUGCAUUUAAAUUGUUACUUCUAAAACUGAUAACCUAUUUAUGAGUUAUUCGAACGAAGCAACCUGAAACCAUCUGUUCAGUAAUGGGUUCAGAUGCUCUAAUGUCAAAUGAUAUGAAUACAAAACAACCCUGUGUGUAUAUGUUAACACAGAUCCCAGUCAUAUUUUAUAUUUCAUUUGUCGCACUAACUUUCUGAUUUUAAUUCCAUUAUUCCUGGAAUUGAGCCCAUAACUCAUUUUGAGUUCUGACCCAGAGUUGAGAGGCUGGGGCUCUAAAGGAAUUGAUCACAUCAGGAUCCCCAUGAUUUAUCCUCAAUAACAGAAGCACUAAAACACAGUACAGACAGCUGGUUCAACCCAGGACUUGAGGCGCCGUAUAUCUCUGAAUAGCAGGUUGGUGUAAGACAAAUGUUUUAUUUUAAGGGCGGUAAUAUUGAAUUGGAUGAUGGACAUAUUCUACUCCAUAACACCAAAUAUACUAAGGUGUGUAUUUUCAAUCAGACGCUGCCAGUGAAAAACGACAGCCUUCAUUGGUUUUUGUGAAAGGCAGAUGUUUUCCCCAGGAGGAAGAUGAGCUAUAGAUCUGAAAGGCUUCUUAUAAUCAUUUAAGUUACCAAAUAUAAAUCCUAGGAAAAGAAGAUAGAUCGAAUGGGUAUCUACUCUGCCGAAUGCAAUGGGAUUUAUUGAACAAAUAAAGGAGCAGGUAGAAGAAGGGCCAGAGGGUCUCUGCUGUCCAAUCAAUACAGUGCAUUUUGAACAGAGCCUGACAGUUGCAGUUGCUGUCCUUUAAUUUCAAGGACACUGUUACUUGUCUCCUCUGACUGAUGUAUUAUUACCUUUACCGUGUGGAGGUAAAGGAAAAACGUAAUGAGAGAACACUUUUCAAUGAAAGCUGGUAGCAGCUUUUAAUUGCAUUUUUUAAAUGUCUAAUACCUUUACACACUCUUUGUGGCACUUUUUGCAACAAUGCUUUUUUAUGUUGCUAGAACAUUUGUGUACUUCCAAAGCCAUUAAUCAAGGAAACAUUUCCAGAAAGAUAGUGAUGUUUGAUGAGAAAUAUGCUGAACCUGAUGCUCAGAGCUUUAACGUGAAAGCAUGAGGUGAAAUGAGUGUGUCUUUUGAAAUAACUUAUAACAGGAAUAAUUGUUGUAUACUUUUAAGGAAACAUGUUAAUUUCCAGGUUCACAUUAUAUUUUCAGUUCCUAAAUGAGCCAAAUCUGAAUAGCUUGUUGAAUCCCAUGUUUUUAAGCUUGUAAUUACACCAGAUACCCAAAUGUAUGUGCACAAGAACUGCAAAAGUGAGGCUUUUAUGUUAUGUCCCCUUUAAUUCCGCCACAAAACUGAAGUUUUUACAACAGAAUGCAUAAAAGGUUUGGCUGUAAGAAUUAUAUAUUGCACCAUUGUUGUUGGAUAUCAGAAAACACACCAAUAGACUAUUUAAAUCCGGUCAUGAUGGAUAACUUCUGCCAUCUAGAGGCUGUCUUGAGAAAAACAUUUCUUACUUUCUUAACCAAAGUAUUUUUAACAACUGCUGUCUAUAUGCCACUUCUUAUGAAGCGUAUAAACGGCAGCAGAGGUUUUUCCUGCACAUUUUUUAACAAUAAUGAUGUUGAUAACUACAAUUUAUUGGUUUGAGGUUAUCAGAAGAUCUUUUUUAAAACACACAAAUUGUAGCUUGGAAGUAAAUGUCUGAUCAAAAAUAAUUUAAUGAAUGCAAUAGGUACAUGUUAAACGAUAACAUGCAUAAAACAAAACACAACUUCCCUUGCUUCUGUGUUUGCACGUUUUCUCUUUCUGUAUUCAUUCAUCAACUGUUUCAUGACUUGUAUAUGAACCAAGCACUCUCAUCUGUUUCAUUUGUAGAACAGCUUCUCCAUAUAGAGUGAGUAGAGCUUGAUGAGUAUUAUCUGAAUAACAACAUAUUGUCUUGCAAAGCAUUACAUCAACACACUGUGCUGCUUGACAGCUGGUCUGGAGUCAGAUUCAGUUUACGCUGCUAUUAUAGUAUUGUUGCACAGGGGGCCGGAAUGCUGCUAAUUCACCCUGUACACCCGCUUUUAGUUUACAUUUUAUUUUCAAGCUAUUUUGAUAAUUAAAACAUUGAAUAUUUUCCAGUUAGCAAAGGAACACAACUCAACCUUUAAUCAGCAACUGUUUACAAUCUGCUACUGCUACAAAAAUAAUAGGAAGGUUUCCGUAACACACUUUUAAAAAACUGAGCAAUAUUUGCUGAAUACCUUGUGAAAUAUACAGGAUAGAUGGAUGAAUAUUCUGGAUGGUUUUUAAGGUAGCUGCCAAGUGUUACAGACUGACAUACUAACUGUCUGGGACAAUUUAAAUGUUCACUGUUAUACCUUUAUUCUAUUGAAUUGUUUCGGCAUGACUGCUGCUUGCAUGCCCUGCCUUUAUGAACUGUGCACAGAAGCUAUGAGUCUUUUUAGAGAUAAUAAUGAUCAUAAUGAAAGCAUAUAUACCUUUAAAAAACAAAACAACAGAAGGAAUGUAUAUUUAUUAAACACUCUUGAUAAUGCAAACUACUGAAUUAUAUGAUCGCUAUGUUUUUACUCUUAAUAAAAAAAAUGUAUA